UGUCUUGAAGCAAUCAAGUCACGAUAAGGAUAUCUGUCAAAUUUAUAUCGCGAAAAUGUCGAAAAUAAGUCAUACUGGAAUGGGAUCAAACAAAGGCGAGCUUCUCAAAGAACUUUUGUUCUCGAACAAAGAAGCGUCUAUAAGUGAACAUAGUAUUUCGAGCAUGGUAUCGAGUAUUUCUACUUCACAAGAUGAAAAGCACGCGGAAAACAGUCUCAAAAUCAUGGAAAAGUAUUUACAUAAGCAACAAUUGACAGACGUUACGUUAAUUGCAGGGACCAGACGUUUCCCAGCACAUCGUUUAGUACUUAGCGCUAGCUCAGAAUAUUUUGCUGCCAUGUUCACUAGUUCUUUGAGAGAAUCGGCGCAAAAUGAAGUUGAAUUAAUGGGAGUAGAUGGGGAUGCUUUAUGGGCUUUGGUUUGUUAUUGUUACACAGGUUGCAUAGAAUUAAGAGAAGAUUGCAUAGAGACUCUUUUAGCGACGGCACGAUUGUUACAGCUAAAUCCAGUUGUUAAGGCCUGUUGUCAAUUUCUUAGAAAACAGCUCCAUCCGAGUAAUUGUCUAGGAAUAAGAAUGUUUGCGGAUACGCAAGCUUGUACAGAUUUAUUAGAACAUGCUCAUGCCUAUACUACCAAACAUUUUAUGGAAGUUACAAAGAAUCAGGAAUUUUUAUUGCUAUCUGCUAACGAGGUUGCCAAAUUAUUAGAAUCCGAGGAUUUAAAUGUACCUUCGGAAGAAACUAUUUUUCAUGCACUUAUGACCUGGUUGGAACAUGGUCCAGAAAGUAGACGAGAAGACGCAAGCCGACUGUUAAGUCUUGUAAAGCUACCUUUAUUGUCACCUGCGUUUAUAGCAGACAAUAUUGAGAGUAAUGAAAUGUUCAAAGAUCAAAAAGUGGUGCAGGAGUUAGUCAUGGAAGCACUCAAGUAUCAUCUUCUACCUGAGCGUAGACCGUUGCUUCAGUCAGGACGAACAAAACCCAGGAAAGCUACAGUGGGUCAUAUGUUAGCUGUUGGAGGCAUGGAUGCUAACAAAGGUACUAACUUUAUAGAUGCGUUCUCUUUACGCGAUAAUGCUUGGACGCCAAUAGUACACAUGAUUGGUAGGAGACUUCAAUUCGGCGCCGCUAUCGUUGACAAAAAAUUAAUAGUUGCGGGUGGAAGGGAUGGAUUAAAAACAUUAAACACAGUAGAGUGCUUUGAUUUUUCUUCAUUUGUUUGGAGCACGCUAUCUGCCAUGAAUGUACAUCGUCAUGGAUUAGGUGUAGCUGUGUUAGGUGGGCCUUUAUAUGCUGUGGGUGGUCAUGAUGGUUGGAGUUUUCUCGAUACUGUAGAAAGAUGGGAUCCGGCCACGCGUCAUUGGAGCGCAGUUUCUCCUAUGUCUAUGCAAAGAUCUACGGUCGGCGUCGCUGUAUUGAAUGAUAAAUUAUAUGCAGUUGGUGGAAGAGAUAUAAGUUCUUGUUUAAAUACUGUGGAAUGUUAUGAUCCACAUACGAACAAAUGGACUCCGUGCGCGCCAAUGUCAAAACGACGAGGUGGCGUAGGCGUAGGUGUAGUAAACGGAUGUCUAUAUGCAUUGGGUGGUCAUGAUGCACCUGGCACUAAUCCCAAUGCCAGCAGGUUCGACUGUGUUGAAAGGUAUGAUCCUAAAACAGAUACAUGGACAAUGGUAGCUCCAAUGAGUUGCCCUAGGGACGCGGUCGGUGUUUGUGUGCUUGGUGAUAGACUUAUGGCAGUAGGAGGCUACGAUGGCCAACAAUAUCUCACGCUUGUUGAAGCAUACGAUCCCCAUCUUAAUGAGUGGGAACAGGUUGCUCCUUUAAUGGCUGGUCGUGCAGGACCGCCAUGUGUUGUCACAAAAAAUCUAUACAAUUUUGGAUUUGACAACUAACUGUGUGAUCGAGAACUCUAGCAAAUAUAGAAUUUAAAAAGAAAACAAUGUUUCAAUUUACUUUCUAAGAUCGGAUCAUGAUCUAAAUCAUGACACUAUCGUUGUUUAUAAACUUCACUAAUUUCUGUACGGAUAUAGGAAUGUUUGCAUUAGAGAAUUUUAUACGUCUGUAUGUACUGCCGUGAAUUUGUAUAUAUUUUAUACGAACAUUUUAAAAUAUUAUAAAUUUGAAAGUGUAGCACCUGCAGAGUAGCACAGUAGCCUUAAGAACCAUUCGAUAAAACCUUUUUUUAUUAUAUUUUUUACUCGCAUCUUUGUACAGAUGACAAUAUAUCUUUAUAAACAUAGAA